CAGGUGAUGUCGCUGCUCAACUCCCUGUACUCGCGGUACGACGCCAUGCUGGACAAGUACGGCGUGUACAAGGUUGAGACCAUCGGCGACUGCUACUUUGUUGCUGGCGGGCUGAUCCACGAGGACGAGGACGGUAUGGCGGCGGCCAUGCUUUCCGCUGCUCGCGAAGUGUUGAUGCCCACGACGGGGCUGCCCGUUGAGAUCCGCAUCGGGCUGCACACGGGGCCCGUGGUGAGCGGCGUGGUGGGCACCCGCAUGCCGCGGUUCUGUCUGUUCGGCGACACGGUCAACACCGCCAGCCGCAUUGAGAGCACCGGACUGCCCGGGGCCAUACACGCCUCCGAGGCGACG